UGUGCCCGGAGUGUUCAGGGUCCGUUUCCCCAGGGUGUUUGGAGUCCGUGUCCCCUCGGUUGUUCGGGGCCGUGUCCCCGGGCUGUCUGGGGACCCUCCCCGGGGUGUUGGGGCCGUGUCCCCGCCCGGCACGGUCCCGCCCCGCCMGCUCGCCCGCCCCGGGCCAUGAUCGCCGUCUCCAUCCCCGCGGCGGAGCCCCCGGCGGCGGCGCGCAGCCCCGAGCGGGCACACACGGUGUUCCGGGUGGAGGUGCUGUGCAAUGGCCGGCGGCACACGGUGACCAAGCGCUACAGCGAGUUCCAGGCACURCACAAACGGAUCAAGAAGACCUGCAAGGUCCCCGACUUCCCCCUGCGCCAUGUCCCCAACUGGAUGCCCAAAGCGCUGGAGCAGCGCCGGCAGGGCCUGGAGCUCUACCUGCAGGGUGUGCUGUACCACAACGAGCAGCUGCCCCAGGAUGUGCUGGACUUCCUGAAGGUGCGGUGGUGCCCGCAGAGCCCCAAGGCCAGCAGCCCCCCCAGCAGAGCCCCCCUGCCCUCCCAGCGCCCCAUCGUUGGCUUCUGCUCUGACCCCUACGUGCGGCCACACGGCCCCGACCUGCUCCCCAGCACCAUCCUCGCCGGCGUCCUGCAGGGCCUCUACCUCACCCCGGGCUGUGUCCCUGGCCAGGCAGCGCCCCGAGCCUCUGGAAUGGGYUCCCAGACACCCACCCAGCACCCASGRAUGCAGUGGUGAGGARYGGAUCCUUGUGCUGAAACUCACUCCUCCUGCUGGGAGAAAGAAGGGAUUCUUCACGGGGAGAGGGGAAACCAAAGGAACGGCGGGAGCUGCUCUUCCACCCCCACACAAAGCGCCUUUGUUGGGAGAGCAGGAGCUCUGCCUUUUCCCCCUGAUGUUUUGGGCUUGCAGUAGGAGCCUUUGGAUGCCAGAUGGUGCUGGAAAACCUCUCUGCAUCCAGGCUUUGGUGCAAUAAAUCUUUUGGAUUUGACUGACUGGCAAAGUGCUG